AUGCGUGUUCCUGUAAUUCUCAUACCUAUCCUGGCUACAGGCGCAGUUUCGCGCUCCGUCUCGUUCGUCGGCCAAACUCCGAUUGCAGACAAGCAACAAAGCAGCACGCUUAUACUAGACGCACCGCGCGGCGAUGUCUGUCCGCUGCCACCAAAAGUUCCGCCGCCAAAGGACGGUUUGCAUUCCUCUCUAGAUUUUGUCCUGGAUCCUUCUUAUCGAUCACGGCAAGUUGAACGAUUGUCGCGUGUUGUUCAGGUGCCCAGUACCUCCACAGAGCUGGAGGAUGAUCCAUGGAGCGAUUAUUAUGCGCCUUUUCUCGAUUUGCAUGAUGAAUUGGAAAAAUUAUUUCCAUUAAUACAUUCCUACGCCAAGGUUGAAAAAGUGAACCGUUUCGGCCUUGCCUAUACCUUCAACGGCACCAAUUCAGCACUCAAACCUGCGCUGUUUAUGGCGCAUCAAGAUGUCGUUCCUAUCGAUGAUCCCGAUGACUGGACCUACCCUCCAUUCUCGGGCUACUUUGAUGGUCAAUGGCUUUGGGGACGGGGUUCCAGCGACUGCAAAAACACACUUAUCGGUGUCUUAUCUGCAGUUGAGGAUUUGCUGAAACAAGGCUGGAAUCCGACUCGCACCCUUGUCUUGUCCUUUGGCUACGAUGAAGAGUCUAAGGGCUGGAAGGGAGCCGGCAGAUUGGCGGAACAUCUCGAGAACCGCUAUGGAAAGAACAGCUUUGAGUUUAUCAUUGAUGAAGGUGGAAUGGGUAUUCAGACUAUCGGAGACAAGAUCUAUGCCGUUCCAGGCGUUGGUGAAAAAGGUUCAGUUGACAUUCACAUCUCUCUCAGUAUUGAUGGCGGUCAUUCGUCUAUUCCACCGGCUCACACUGGUAUCGGAAUCAUCUCCGAAAUCAUCUACCACCUCGAGCGAGAGGACUUAUUCACCCCUAAACUAGACCUCUCACACCCAUCUCGACAAGGACUAACAUGUCAGGCCAAGCAUUCGGCGGACUACGUCGAACCCUGGCUCUGGCCCGCUCUUGAAUCAUCCGAUUACACGGGCCUAGCUGAAGCCCUAGCUGCGUCCCGCGGCGAAAGAGUGCGCUUCCUCUACCAAACCUCACAAGCAGCAGAUCUCAUCAACGGCGGCGUAAAAAUCAACGCCCUCCCAGAAAAGAUCAAUGCCACUGUAAACUACCGAGUCGCCAUCCACGAAAACACAGACGUCGUCCGCGCCCGCGCGAUCAACAUCAUCACUCCCAUCGCCAAAGCCCACAAUCUCACCUUUUCCGCAUUCGGUUCGGGCAAUAAACGCUCGGCAAAUAAUAACCAUCUCGACAUCUCGGAUUUCUCUCUCGCACUUGAACCGGCCCCGAUUAGUCCCACGUCGCCUUCUGAUGCGAUCUGGGCGCGCCUGUCUGGCGUCACUCGUCAGUUCUUCGAAACAUUGACAAACAAGACCGUGCUAGUGGUCGGGGACGUUAUGACCGGUAACACCGAUACGCGAUUUUACUGGAAUUUGACGCGCAAUAUCUGGCGAUUUAGUCCUAUGCGCACAGGCGGGUCGGAGAAUAUUCAUACGGUGGAUGAGAGGGUUGAUAUUGAUGUGCAUUUGGAGGGUUUGGCAUUUUACUAUGAAUUGAUUCGUGCGUUUGAUAAGUAUGAGGAUUAGCUGUGCCUUCAGCGAAAAGAUGCGAUAUAAACCAUGGAAUUGUACGCUGGUACACAUCUAGAGACAUACGUAAGGUCAAAGGAUCUUCGAGUAUCAUAACAUAAGUUAAUCAAAACGGCACUAUGUACAUUCUGGAGCAUAUUCGCUAUCAAUCAUUCAUCUGGAUAUAAUUGUAAGAUUGGCAUAGUAAAAAAGAUCUGUCUAGCAGACCAUGUGUGAUUCACCGAUUUUCUCUCCCCAGAUUCCAUGCUACUUCCAGACCUAAAGCAUAAAAACACCCAAGAUAGCACCAACAACACUACUCAACAAUCCCAUGUGCGGCGCAGCACUGCCACCCGCAGCAAGCGCAAUAGUAGGCGACGAAGUAGGCGCUUUUGUGCCGGAGCCAGUAGCACCACUUCCACCAGGGACAACAGUGGUCUUGAUAAUUGUCGAUUGCGGAACCAGCGACGUAACGGAUCCAGAAACGAAGGUUGAGAAACUGGUGCUGGACAUGGUGAUGGUGCUGUUUCCGCCGGUUGAGACUGAAAUAGGUGGAAUGACGGUGGCGCUGGUUGGGAUGCCAGUUA